AUUAAAAAAAAAGGAAGCAGCUGGCGGGUUCCAUGUGUAAAUGUGCGGAAGUCAAAUGACUAACAAAAAAUUAUACUGUAAUUACUAACAAAAUAUAUUCUAGUUUGUUAUAAGUUGUGAUUGAACGAUAUCAUAUUCAAGUUCGGGACAGUCCAGAAAAAAAAGCAGAAGAUGGUUAAAGUUUUCGCAAUCCUGAGGCCAGUGAUCCGCCUCCUGAUGAAGUUUUACGGAUUAUCUCCGCAAAUAAUCGAAACCGAACCCGGAACCCAAAUAAAGAUCUGGGCUCCGUCCAAAUCCAAAUCCGAAUCCAAACCGAAUAUCGUAUUCCUGCAUGGCUUCGGCGCUGAUGGCAUCCUCAACUGGUUGUCCCAAGUCAUGGCAAUCUCCAGCAACUACGCAGUCUACGUGCCGGACCUCCUCUUCUUCGGCGAAUCCAUCACCGACAAGCCAGGGAGGUCAACGGCGUUUCAAGCGGAGGUCAUAGCCGCGGCGUUGAAGAAAAUCGGUGUCAAAAAGUGCACUGUUGUGGGACUCAGUUAUGGCGCAUCAAUAGGGUUCAAGAUGGCAGAGUUGUGCCCCGAGCUGGUUGAGUUCGUAGUGGCUAGCGACACCAUAAUUGAGUUUAAUGAGUCGUUGAGUCGAGCUGUUGUGGAGAAGUAUGGGUUUCCUAGCUUGCCGGAAUUUUUGUUGCCGACGACGGUUGAAGGGUUGAUGUCUUUUCUCACCAUCUGUAAUCAUGGACCUGUGAGUAUGCCUGGUUUUGUGGCCAAGGAUUUUCUAAAGGAGUUCUAUAACAACAGAAAGGAGAGAGCUGAAUUAGCAAAGGCAUGGGUCGUUCCUGAUGAUGAAGUGAAGCCCAUUAGUUUAAGCCAGAAAGUUCACUUGAUAUGGGGAGACGAUGACAAGAUUUUUACUUCCCUCACUGCUGAAGACACCAAAAGGCAACUGGGAGGGGAUACAACAUUGGUAUACAUCAAGGAUGGGGGUCAUGUGGUUCAGCAGGAGAAGGCGGAUAAUUACAAUGCGGAGCUCAAGAAAAUUCUUGCUUCCCUUUAUGCCAAAUCGAAGGAUGCUUAGUACUGUUUUGUAAUCUCUUGUUGUGUUAAUUUGUUGUUUUAACUUUUGUUGUUCUAUAUUUUUGUUGUCUUUUUUGUUUUUUUUCACUGUAGUUUGGAUGACUGGGAAGUCUCCAUAUUUUUCCAAUAAAAUGUGGAUGACAAAUUUAUAAUAUGUUACCGGCUUAUUCGAGAAA